AUGACGACACAGACAAAGACACAGAAGAACCCCUCGUUCAUAUUAAAGGCGAAAAACGAGAUCGUCUACGAGGACCGUCCUAUCCCUGAACUUCCCUCGCCGUACGAUGUCAUCGUCAAACCAAAAUGGACGGGCAUCUGUGGCUCAGACGUCCACUACUGGGUGGAAGGACGCAUCGGCCACUUCAUUGUCGAAAAGCCCAUGGUUCUAGGACAUGAAUCAGCAGGUAUCGUGCACUCGGUUGGCGACAAGGUCACUACACUUAAGGUCGGCGAUCGCGUCGCAAUGGAGCCGGGCGUGCCAUGCCGUCGCUGUAUCCGCUGCAAGGAGGGCAAGUACAAUCUUUGCCCUGAUAUGCAGUUCGCAGCUACCCCUCCUUUCGACGGUACCCUCGCGAGGUACUACGCCCUACCCGAGGACUACUGCUACAAGCUGCCCGAAAGCAUGAGCCUGGAAGAGGGCGCGCUCAUCGAACCUACUGCUGUUGCGGUCCACAUCACACGGCAAGCGGGCAUCAAGCCCGGCGACUCGGUGGUCGUGUUUGGUGCUGGCCCGGUAGGCCUUCUCUGCUGCGCUGUCGCAAAGGCGUACGGCGCAACAAAGAUUGUCACUGUGGAUAUCAACGACGAGAGACUACAAUUUGCCCUCAAAUUCGCAGCGACAACCAGCUUCAAGAGCGCGAGAGUCAGCGCAGAGGAGAACGCAAAGAACAUGAUCAAGGAGUGCGAACUAGGUCCUGGCGCGGACAUCAUCAUCGACGCCAGCGGCGCUGAGCCGUGCAUACAAACAGCCAUCCAUGCCCUGCGCAUGGGCGGCACAUACGUCCAGGGCGGCAUGGGCAAGCCCGACAUCAACUUCCCCAUCAUGGCCAUGUGCACCAAGGAGCUCAACGUCAAGGGCUCGUUCCGCUACGGUUCCGGCGACUACCAGACUGCGGUCGACCUUGUGGCCACGAAGCGCAUUUCCAUCAAGGAGCUUAUCACAAACAAGGUCAAAUUUGACGAUGCGGAGGAGGCGUUUAGGGACGUGAAGGCGGGCAAAGGGAUCAAAAUUCUCAUUGAGGGCCCUGAGGAGUAG